AUGAUUUCAAUUAAAUCUCUUAUCUUCCCAAUGGCAUUUUGCCUGCUCCUGUUCGUCAGCAACAGUGAAGCAAUAUGGUGCUAUCGAUGCAAUUCCGCCACGCCAGGGUGCGGUGAGAGGUUUAACUGGCGCGGCAUCGGUUACCUGGGUGAUCCGUGUCCCAUAGAUGAUGAUGUCUGCGUGAAGGUGAUCGAACGCAAGGGCACGAUCGAGACGUACACUCGCGAUUGUUUGAGCUCGCUGCAGGGAUUCCGCACCGACAUUCCGGCCGACAAGUACGAAGGAUGUCGUCCGGCGGCAAAGGAUCUUAACCUUGCGCACUACGUUAACACGUCGAUCAAGGAGCUGGAUGUGAAGCGAGAUCAUUUCGAUUCGACAAUGUUCUGUUUCUGCUUUUUGGAUCAUAGAUGCAACGGUGCUCCGGCAAUAGGCGAUACCAGACACAUCUGGAAGCUAUUGUUCACUUCUCUAAUGAUAGGGGCAGCUGUUUUACUACGCUGA